AGCGGCGUGCGUUGCAGUGUGACGUCAGGGCGUCGUCCCGGGCCCGCCCCAGCCAUGCGCGUUGGGCUUGUUGUUGGCUGAUUGUUAUGACUGGCCGAGGCCUCGGACUAAAUUAGGAGAGCACCCCCGUCGUCGCCCCUGGACACCCGCCAUGGAGGGCAUGGAUAUGGACCUGGACCCGGAGCUUAUGCAGAAAUUCAGCUGCAUGGGGACAACCGACAAGGACGUCCUCAUCUCCGAGUUCCAGAGGCUGCUAGGUUUUCAGCUGAACCCGGCCGGUUGCGCCUUCUUCUUGGACAUGACCAACUGGAACCUACAAGCUGCCAUAGGAGCGUACUAUGACUUUGAGAGCCCGAACAUCAAUGCCCCGUCAAUGUCAUUUGUGGAGGACGUGACGAUCGGAGAGGGGGAGUCUGUGCCCCCCGACACGCAAUUCACAAAAACGUGGAGAAUACAGAACACAGGAGCAGAGUCUUGGCCCCCAGGGGUGUGUCUGAAGUAUGUGGGCGGAGACCAGUUUGGCCAUGUGAACAUGGUAAUGGUUCGCUCACUGGACCCGCAGGAAGUGUCUGAAGUCAGCGUGCAGAUGCACAGCCCCACCGCGCCCGGCAUGUACCAGGGCCAGUGGCGCAUGUGCACAGCUACCGGAUUCUUCUUUGGGGACGUGAUCUGGGUGAUCCUGGGUGUGGAGGUAGGAGGCCUCCUGGGUGUGACGCAGCAGCUGUCCUCCUUCCAGACGGAAUUCAACACCCAGCCACACCGAAAGGUCGAGGGCAACUUCAACCCUUUCGCCUCGCCGCAGAAGAACAAGAACGCAGGGGAGGUCGACAACAGCCUCAAGGACCCUGGGGGCCCAUGGGAGCCUGCCCCAGACCAAAUCCAGGAAGAUCAAAACGGACUGUCUCACAACUCUGUAAAUAUAGCACCAAACAGUCUCCAAAACAACUUAUCACUAGUGACGUACAGUCAGGGUAUCCACGGUCCCUAUCCUUUUGGACAGUCUUAAAACACGGGUAACGCCAAGAAUAGACCCCAUCGCCGGACAACGGCACGGGAUUAGCCGAGGGGGAUCUUGGAGGUUUGUUACUGACGUUUUAGCGGGCCCCUCGUAGUGAAAACAAGACGACAAAAAAAAAAAAAAAAAAAAAAAAAAAAAUAGGUUUUUUUUUUUUUUAAAUCCAGGUCAAUACAACAACUCCAACAGCAACAAACCAACCCAACGUAUGCAUGUGUGAAUGCUGAAUUUAAAGGAGCGCUGUGUAUCGUUUUAAAAGAGAAAAGAAAUGAGACAAAUGUUUUUAAAAAAUGAAAAAGGAAGUUAUUGUCACAUGUAAAGUAUAAUUUGAGAGAGAAAAAAAAGCCAUUUAAAAAUGAUUUUGCCUAUGGAGCGAUUGUAGUUUUGAGCAGAUGUUUUAAUUGUAUUGUAUCUUGUUUCGUUCUGCUUUUCAUUCAGUGAUCGUGUAUACUUUAUGGGCAAGCUGUUGCGUGAAUCUCUUUUUUUUCUUUGUUUAAGCGCAGUAGCUGAUUUUGAAUGAGUGGUAUAAAAUCUAGCUGCACUGCCUGCCCUCUCGCAUGCAUUAUUUAAUAGGACUGUGGGAAAAUCAUACAUUUCACCAACAUAUACUGUUUGGUAUUUUAAAAACGUGGGCGAUUUUUAAAAAUGAAUUGCAAACAUGAAACAGAAACCCCCUAUCUCCACUCUCCCAUUAAUCAUGCUUCUAAAAACCAAAGGGUACCUACCUGUUCUGCCAGCUGACAGAAAUGCAAAGCCUAAAUGCUUUAGGUGUCUGACAUGAAUAGCUGCUUUUUUUCCAGUAGUGGGCGCCAUUGCAUAAAUUCAUUACUCCUUUUUUUUUUUUUUUUUGUUUUGGCUUUACCUACUGAAAUUACAUACCAGUAGUAUACUAUAUUAAUCUAAAAACACCACCGUCGUUUUUAAACUGGAGAUCCGUGCGAUCUGAUUUACCUCCCUUUUUUAACUGAUAAAUACACUAUUUUUUAGAUUCUGAGCCUUACUGGUGCUUUCUUUUAUCGCCCUCUAGCGAACUGCAUUAUCGCAGUUGAGGUAUGUGAGUGCUGUACAGAAUAAGAAGGUUUUUUUGUGUGUAGCAGCAAGCCUUGUGACACUGUGUGCAGUGCAGAAUUACCUUGGGGACACAAACCGAGGCUGCUAAUGUAAGAAUAGCUUUUUUUUUUAAAAAGAGUGGUCCUUCUAACAACACUACUGAGAGCACUAGUGGCUUUAUACGUGUUCCAUGAUGGCUUGCGUGGCCCCUGGUCUGAUUCAAGCCUUCCUCGUUGCACACUAUGCUGUGCCACCAAGAUGCGUUCAAUAGAAAUACUGCAGCAAAGAUUCCGUGUAAACAGGAGUGCUUUUUUUCAUUGUUUUGUUUUUUUGAAAUCCAGCAUCAUGUGCAAGUGAAAGGUGCAGCAAUGGGACCUGUGUGUGUUGUUUUUAUUUUGGGGGGGGGUUGCAUGGUUUCAGGUUUAUAAAGGGUAUCCACACUGAAUUUCUAGGUGCACUCUGAAGGUUCAAGGGCAUGUGUUGGUAAGUGGAGACAUGUUCAUAGGCUCAACUACACGUUUUUAAAGGCAAAGUGUUGAAGAGAAAAAAAAAAGCACCCACUUUUGGUUGUUUUUAAGUGACCAUAAAGCCACAUUCAGCAGCCACAUACAUUAACUCCUGUUUUAUUAAACAUUUAUAUUUUUCUCGUGCAUCAAAAAUGGUUGCGAGCACGGUACUAGAAGAGGCCGCGGUGAAGGAGUGUAACGGAGGCUGUGUUGCGGUUUGCAGAGACGAUGGUGGGCUCGCUCGCUCACUAGUCACUGGAUGGAUCACCUUCAGGUGUGCCUCUCCGUUAACGCUUCUACAGCCUUAUAAACCACACUGGAAGAACUGACAAGAGCUGGCAGUUUUUCUUAUUGUUAGGCCAAUGCUGUCUUCUGUGUGCAGCUUCAGGUGGCAUUCUGGUUCAAACGUGGCUCUAUUUGGAACAAAGACUGACAGUGGUGGUUUUGCUUCUAAUUAAAAAAAUUCAGCUUGGCUAAGACUGCCAAACUCAUUUCAUUUGGGAACUGAGAUGAGCUGCAGCCCUAGACUGACCGACUGACUGACUGGUUUGUUUCACAGACCCCAACUGGGUAAGAUUAGAUGAAAUUGAUGUUGACUGUAAAAAGAUUUUGUUUUUAUUUGUAUUAAGUGACUGAAGCUUUUGACACAAUACAACACGAGCUCAACACGCAAUCCGUGCAAGGAUCCGAUACAUUUACAAAUCGGUAGAACCAAUACAAAAGUUUUGAACAGUACCGUUUGGUUCUGUACGCUGUUUUUACAGAGUUUGCAUCUACCUGUUCAUUUUAAGAGUUCUGUUUCAAGGUGGCUCAGUUGUCACUGCCUUUCGCUGGUAAGUGAAGUGAGUUUGAAGAUCUUCAAUGUAACAGUGUUUGCAGAAGACACCCUGCACUGACAAAUCGUACAGACUAACCUUUUCUGUUCUCUCAGCCGUCUGGUUUGAGCCUGGCAUUGCAGUCAGCGUUUUUUUCCCAUUUUAGCUGGGUCAGAGUUCGAAGCCAGAUUUUAAAUGGAACCACAGGUGCUACAAAACUGCAAUAAAGAAAAUCGUUCAACCUGAAAUGUAUUUUAUAUUUAUUGAGGUGAAGAAAGUAGUGUAAGAUGCCCUCAUUUCUUUAAGUCAUUGUUUGCAUAUUUUUUAAAUGCAUGUCGGUUUAAUGUUUUUUUUUUUUUUUUUUUUUUUUUUUUUUGGAAAACAAGAAGUUGUCUAUUGCCAACAAUCACACAGUAAUCCAGUUGUUCUUGUCAGUUUUACGUUGUUUAAUCAUGCUCUUCAGUCAGUUUUGCAUUCUGUUUAUUUUUCAUAACUUUUAAGCUUAACCACAAACCUUCUCGUCUCCUAAAGUAUACACUAUCCUGCCUUUUGUUUUAUUGUACCAUGUUCCUUGACCUUGGUUUGUAUUUCCGUGCGAGAGUUUUUCUGUGUUGGGGUGAGUGUAUAUUGAGCAGGGUGGCAUGAUGGGUGAGUCCUGAAGUCUGAGUAGAGUCCUAUGAUAGCACAUUUAAAAAAAAAUAAAAACAAAUGUAAAAAAUAAACAAAUGAAAGUUUUUUUUUUUCCUUUAUGUAUAAAUGAACAUUUAUAUGAUUAAAUUAACACUGAAAAAAAUACAAUAAACGUGGAGUUUCGAGUUUUAUUUCUUUA